AUGAAGUUUUUCAAAUCCGUUGUGGUCACAUUAAUGGCCACGUUUGCCGUGGUGCAAGCAGCCCCGGCCAGAAUCCCCAUCGAGGCCCAGGUUGCUACUAUGCCCGAGACCAGUGUUCUCAUCAAGAAGGAAAACUUGGCCAAUGCCUUGUAUGAGUUGCAACAAUUGCAAGAGAUGAAGGUGAAAAGAAAUGAUCUUUCGACGGAAUUGUCCGAGAGAGAAUACGCCAUUGUAACCCAGGUAUUGACCUUGGUGAAGGACACCGACUUGGCACCCACUGUAUUGAAAUUUUUUGUCGAGAAUGACACUUUGAAGAACUUGGCCACCAAUGGACUUGAGCUUGUCAUCAGAUCAAAGCUCAUAUCUUUGGACCAGUUGUUCAAUCUCUUGGUUAAGUCUGGUUUGGUUACUACCGUUUUGGAAGAUGUCCUCUCUGACUGUGACGUUUAUGUGGGCAUUAUUGACAUUGUGAAGUCUUUGCUUGGGAGCUUGCUCAAGAGAGAAGACGUGACUCGUACCACACCUUACUCAUACGAGGAAGGAAUGGAGUUGCUUCGUCGAGAUGGAUUGAUCGAGCCUACUGUUUUUGACACGUACGACCACGAGAAGAGAGACCUGGUGCUCGAUGACAUCAUUGUCAACCUUUUGGACAGCUUAGGAAAGUCUGGUUUGGCUUCCCAAGUGGUGGAGACCAUCCUUACUGACCCAGACUUCCUCACUUUCGGUGCCCAAUUGCUCAUCACACUUUACAAGGAUGGCUUACUCAAUAUUCCUGGCAUCAUCCUGGCCGCUGUGUCGUCUGGCUUGUUGUCCCAAUUGAUUCAAAAGUUCUUGAACAUCGACACAAUCUCCACCAUUGUUAGAACUGCCAUUGAUGCCUUGGAUGGCAAGUGUUCUGGCUCUUCCUCUCCUACUCCUUCUACCGGAGGGGGCAACUCAACGAUCCCUGGCCUUAUUGGUCUGUUAACAUCCGGCCUUACAGGUGGGUCUAGCGCCUCUUCUGGUUCUUCUUCCGGCUCUUCCAGCUCAGGUUUAAUCUCGGGUCUUUUGGGAUCCGUAGGCUUGGGUAGCCUUGGAAACUUGCUUGGUCUGCUUGGGCUGAGCUCUAGUGCAUCUUCUUCAGCUGGAGCCAGUUCUUCCAGUAGUGGACUUCUCUCUGGUCUUUUGAACAGUUUGGGCGGAAACUCGACUUCCCCUACUUCUACCACCGGCGUAACUCCUACAGGAACAGACACUGCUGCCACUCCAUCUGGUUCUGGUCUCUUGUCUAACAUUUUGGGUUCUUUGGGUAGCUCAUCUUCUUCAUCUUCGUCAUCUUCUGCUUCUUCGAGCUCUUUGCUCAGCUUGUUGGGCCCUGCUGGUGGACUCUUGGGCAGUCUCUUGGGAGGAGGCUCUGGCAAUUCUUCACCAAGCUCCACAUCCAACCCAUGCGCAACAGCCGUGACCAAGAGAGAAAGGCUACUGCUCAGGUAG